AUGAAUGGCAAGAAUCUGAAGAACGAAACAUCUGCUACCAGGCUAAAGACCGGUGGAGAUGAUGAUGAAGACAUCGAGAGUAGUGAUGAUGGUGGGGAAGAGUUUGAUACAGAUGAGGAGAUCAGGGAGAAGGAUAAGCAGAGAGAUGGCGGGAUAAAUGAGACAGCGGAUGAGAAAAAAGCUUGGCUGUUGUUUUCUUGGAUAAAAUUAGGGAUAAUGAGAGUAAAACCAAAGAAGAUGAUGAUGAAUCAGGGGAAGAGAGAUUCACAAAUUGCUGAGAUGUUGCAGCAAGAGCAGCUUGAGAAGAGUGGGCGUUCUUGCAGAGCCAUUGGUUCUAGUUUGGCUCUAUCUGAAGAUGAUUCAAGAGGAUUUUCAGCUUCCAAGGAUGGUAACAUCAUUCAUUUGGAUGUUGAGAGCGGGAAUACCGAAAAGUAUACUUGGCCUUCUGCGGAGGUUUUAAAGUGUCAUGGUCUGAAGGAUCCCCAAGGUCGAGUAACCAGACAUAGUAAACAUCUUCUAGCAUUGGCUGUUAGCUCUGUUAGCUUUGAUGGUCGAUAUUUGGCCAGUGGAGGCCUAGGUUGUCAUGUUCAUCUCUAG